AUGACUACGCUACUAAUCGAUAACUACGACUCCUUCACCUGGAACGUCUACCAGUUCCUUUCCGAACUCGGCGCCGACGUGGUCGUGCACAGGAACGACCAGAUCACGCUGGAAGAAUGUAUCGCCCUCAACCCGCGCAACGUCGUCAUCUCCCCCGGACCGGGCAAACCCAGCGACGCCGCCGUCUCCAAUGACGUCAUCCGUCAUUUCGCUGGGAAGGUGCCCAUCCUCGGUGUGUGUUUGGGCGAGCAAUGCAUGUACGAGAUCUACGGAGGUGUAGUCACAUACGCGGGUGAGAUUGUGCAUGGGAAGACGUCCCCGGUUAGACAUGACGGUAGGGGCUUGUACGAGGGCGUGUUGCAGGAUAUUGAGUGUACGCGGUACCACUCCCUAGCCGGCGAUCCAAAGACGUUACCAGCGUCGUUGGAAAUCACGAGCACGACGCCGAGUGGGCUGGUGAUGGGUGUCAGGCACAAGGAAUACAUUAUGGAAGGGGUGCAGUACCACCCUGAGAGUAUUGCGAGCGAAUACGGAAAGCGGAUGUUUGCUAAUUUUCUGCGAUGGGAGGGCGGCUUAUGGAAGGACUUGAAGGUGGAUGAUAGCGCGGUCAAAUGGGAUGCGUCACAACCACCGGGCGGGAGCGGCGAAGGGAUGCAAGUAGAACAGAAACCCGCCUCUCUCAAAGCCCAAAGCAUCCUCGAGAAGAUCCAUGCCCAGCGGCUUCUCGACAUCCAACACGCCUCGGCACAACCGGGACAGUCUAUCCACCACCUUCAGCGAUCCUUGGCGCUUGGACUCGCCCCGCCUCUGGUCGAUUUCAGAGCGAGGGUAUUGUCCGCCGCGCAGCCUGUCGCCGUCCUGGCCGAAAUCAAGCGUGCUUCACCAUCGAAAGGGGACAUCAACAUCACAGCCCACGCACCGACCCAAGCAUUGGCAUACGCGCACGCGGGCGCGGCGGUCAUCUCGGUCCUCACCGAACCGAAAUGGUUCAAAGGCUCCCUAGACGACAUGCGACUCGUCCGACAAGCACUCGACACCCUUCCCACAUCCAUCGCCCGCCCCGCCGUGCUAAGAAAAGAUUUUAUCGUCGAUCGGUACCAGAUCCUGGAAGCACGGUUGAACGGCGCCGACACCCUCCUUCUGAUCGUCGCGAUCCUCACCGACGCCCAACUCACCGAUCUCCUCGCGUAUUCACGUACGCUUGGGAUGGAACCGCUGGUGGAGGUGGCGAACGAGGAGGAAACCCGCCGGGCUGUUAACGUGGGCGCGACGGUUAUUGGCGUCAACAACAGGGAUCUGCAUACCUUUAACAUGGAUAUGGACCGCACGAGCCGGUUGAGCACGCUUGUGCCUGACGGGAUCGUUCUGAUCGCCCUGAGCGGGAUCGUGGGGAAGAAGGAUGUGGAUGUGUAUGUUGCGGCGGGCGCGAAGGGGGUGUUGGUGGGUGAGGCCUUGAUGCGGACGAAGGAUAAGGGCGCGUUUAUUGCUGGCUUGCUGGGUCGUGAUGAUACCCCUGUGGAUCAAUCGAGAUUGGAGGUGGAAACGACCCGCCCGCUGGUCAAGAUAUGCGGAAUCACCAAUCUUGAGGACGCCAUCACCGCCACGAACGCGGGCGCCGACCUUCUAGGCCUCAUAUUCGCCCCGCAGAGCAAACGAUAUGUGAGCCCCGAAGACGCCCGGGUGAUCGUCGACGGCGUGUUUGAACAUUGUGGAGCGGAGGGAUCCUCACAUAUCCGGAGUUACGCCCAUAAAUCACCAAGAAUGGAGGGGAAACGCAACCCACCUUUGAUCGUCGGCGUCUUCGUCAACGCACCUCUUGACCAAAUGCUCCGCAUAAUUCACACCGCCCAUCUGGAUAUUGUCCAGUUCCACGGGCACGAACCGGCCCAUCUUGCCUCGCUGCUGCCGUGUCCUGUUUUCAAGGCCGUUCAUGUGCGAACGGAGGAUACGGAGGCGGAUGUCGCUGGCCGGUUGAAAAGGGAUGAAUGGGUAGGGAUGGCGGGCGUGUUACUGGAUACCGCGGGCGCAUCAUCAACCCCUCACCACGGCGGCACAGGCACCCCCUUCGACCACUCCAUUGCCACCGCCAUCACGAAGCAUCACGGGGUGCCGAUUAUACUCGCGGGCGGACUGACGGUGGAGAAUGUGGCGGAUGCGGUGAAGGGUGUGAAGCCGUGGUGUGUGGAUGUGGCGAGUGGGGUUGAGAGGAGUAAGGGGAGGAAGGAUGGGGGAUUGGUGAGGGGGUUUGUGGGGGCGGUUAGGGGGGUGGAGUAA